AUGUCGGCCUCUCUCCCAGGCGGUCGAGAGCUCCCCGCAUCACAAUAUGACUUGAGCACAUACUGGGGGCGUGUUCGCCAUUCCGCAAACAUUUCAGAUCCGAGGACCCUCCUGGUAAACCAAGCAGGUCUCGAGCACGCGAAGGGCCUGAUAGCUGGAUACAAGCAGGGGAAGAUCAAUGAGAUGAAUGAAGAGCUAUGGAAGGCGAAGAAGAUAGUGGAUUCAACGUUACAUCCGGAUACCGGUGAACCAGUCUUUCUACCACUUCGAAUGUCAUGCUUCGCCUUGUCGAAUUUGGUAGUUACGGCCGGAAUGCUUACACCUGGUCUCGGAACGACUGGAACUCUCCUCUGGCAAAUAACCAAUCAAUCUCUCAACGUCGCAAUUAACAACGCAAACGCGAACAAAUCCACUCCUCUCUCUACUUCAAAGAUCGCCCAAUCAUAUUUCCUUGCAGUUGGAGCUUCUUGCUCUGUGGCUCUUGGAUUGAACGCCCUCGUCCCAAGAUUGAAGCGAGUUAGCCCAGCCACGAAGACGAUCCUCACAAGACUGGUGCCUUUUGCCGCAGUGGCAAGUGCUGGUGCUCUGAAUGUGUUCCUGAUGCGCGGAGAGGAAAUCAGACAAGGAAUUGACAUCUACCCUGUUCUCUCUGAGGCAGACAAGGCCAAGUUGGCAGAGGAAGGGAAGUCCGAAUCUGCGGUUGCUUCACUUGGCAAGAGCAAAAAGGCUGCUACUCUGGCAGUCUCCGAGACCGCUCUCAGUAGAGUCUUGAACAGCUCUCCGAUUAUGGUCAUCCCUCCGUUGGUACUCGUUAAACUGCAGAAGCAACAAUGGCUGAAGAACAACCCGAGAUUGACUUUGCCCGUCAAUGUUGGCCUGAUCUUCGCUACGAGUUUGUUUGCAUUGCCUCUGGCUCUUGCAGCUUUCCCUCAGAGACAGGCUGUGGAUGCUUCGAGCUUGGAGGAGGAAUUCUGGGGCAAGGGGGGCGAGCAUGGCAAGGUUGUUUUUAACAGAGGCAUAUGA